CUUACGCAACGUGACGCUCAAAUCACGGCGGACCGUUAAGGAAUACCGGGAGGCAGAGAACAGACGGAGCUAAAGCCCGAAUUUAACCGAAUCAAAGUAAACCCGCUCCGGCUUCCCGCCGGGGUGCGGUGCGACCCGGAGCAGAGGAGGAGGGAGGGGGACUGACCGGUGGAGAGCCUCGGCUUCAUCCCACAAGGCUCCAUCCUCUCAGAUGUGGCACCCCUCCACCCAUGGCUUUCUUCAGGUGACGUCGGGUUAAUUAAGUCACUCCUGACUGCAGCUUAUCACCAAAAAGACUCCUGCAGGCUGAAUUAUUUAGCACCAUCAGACGGCGGAGAUCGGCUGCUGAGCCAGGAGCAGAUGGACAGGAGGAAACGCCGGAGAGAGAGAGGAAGAGAGAGGGAGAAAGGGGAAGCGUGGAGGUGUCCGAUGCCGCAGGCAGCCGUGAGUCAGCAGGGAGCGAAAAGAGCAGCAGGAGGGAGGAUCCAGAGAUCGCUUUAGGUGAUACAACCAGAGGAGUGUGUGUGUGUGUCGCAUCGGUUGAACGCAAGGAGGUCACGGAGAUGAGAGGAGAUUAGCGCGUUGGACUAAAAGCAGAGCUUCCUUUGAAUAGCACAAGAACAGGAGGAGAGGAGCGGCUCCAGCAUGGGGGAGAGCUACAUGUACCAGCGACUCCCCUACGCCCGAGCGGAGGGGGAGGGCGAGGACGAGGAGGAGAGGAGCAGAAGAAUCGGGGGACAAAUGAUGCAGAGUGAAGAGGGCACAGAGUGGCUGCUGGAGCUGCUGACUGACGUGCAGCUGCAGCAGUACUUCCUGCGGAUCCGGGAUGAACUCAACGUCACGCGACUUUCCCACUUCGACUACGUCAAGAAUGAAGAUCUGGAGAAGAUCGGCAUGGGGCGGCCCGGUCAGAGGCGGCUUUGGGAGGCGGUCAAGAGAAGAAAAGCCCUUUAUAAACGCAAGUCCUGGAUGAGCAAGGUGUUUCCAGUGAAGCGGUCAGACGCCGACCCCCAGCAGGGUGCAUUGUCGGUCCCACCUGCAGCCAGCAGCGAGCCUGGAGACUUGCUCACCUGCCUCAUCAAAGAGUCGGAGAUGCAACUGUUUGAGCGACUCGGAGACGGCACAUUUGGAGUCGUGCGGCGAGGAGAGUGGACCGCACCAAACGGCAGAGUGCUGUCCGUGGCAGUGAAGUGUCUGAAGGCCGGCGUGCUGGACUCAGACGGUUUGGAUGACUUCAUCAGAGAGGUGAACGCCAUGCACUCACUGAGCCACCAGAACCUCAUCAGUCUCUAUGGAGUCGUCCUAACGCAGCCCAUGAAGAUGGUGACUGAGUUGGCGCCUCUGGGAUCCCUGCUGGAUCGCCUCAGAAAGCGUCAGGGUCACAUCCUCAUCUUGAUUCUGUGUAACUACGCCGUACAGGUGGCAAGUGGAAUGGCUUACCUGGAGCAGAGGCGAUUCCUCCACAGAGACCUGGCCGCCCGCAACGUCCUGCUGUCCACCAACGAAACGGUGAAGAUUGGAGACUUUGGCCUGAUGAGAGCGCUACCUACUCACACUGAUCAAUACAUCAUGGAGGAAGGCCACAAAAUCCCUUUUCCUUGGUGUGCUCCAGAGUCUCUGAAGUGUCGCACUUUCUCUCACGCGUCUGAUACCUGGAUGUUUGGAGUCACCCUGUGGGAGAUGUUCAGCCAUGGACAGGAGCCGUGGCUCGGGCUCAAUGGGAGCCAGAUCCUCCACAAGGUUGAUGUUGAGGCUGAGAGGCUGUGUAAACCUGACGACUGUCCUCAAGACAUCUACAACGUCAUGCUGCAGUGCUGGAGCCCCAAACCUGACGACCGACCCACCUUCAUCGCUCUCAGAGACUUUCUGUUCGAGACGUUGCCUACAGACAUGAGGGCCCUCCAGGACUUCGAGGAAGAAGAAAAACUCCAAAUUCAAAUGAAUGACGUCAUUACGAUCAUUGAGGGAAGGGCGGAGCAUUACUGGUGGCGCGGGCAGAACCGGCGGACACUGCGUGUCGGUCAGUUUCCUCGGCAUGUCGUGACCUCCGUGGCCGGCUUGUCCGCCCAGGACAUCAGCCGGCCGCUGAAACACUCCUUCAUCCACACCGGACACGGAGACACGGACCCUCACAGGAGCUGGGGACACGCAGACCGCAUUGACAGUUUGUAUUUGGGGAACCCGAUGGACCCUCCAGAUAUCUUGGGAUUUGAUUCUGGAACUGCAAGACCAACCAAACUACCCAACCGUGCAAAGAAGAAGCCUCCUCCUCGUCCACCAAAGCCGGCAGUUCUGCUCAAAAAGCCGCUGUACGACUCCGUGAUGGACGACUACGAUGAAGAGGACGACUUCAGCACAUCGUCUGGGCUGAAGAAGCUGGGCGCGUCUCUCGGUCUGAAGCUGCGGCCUUGGGAGGGCAGCAGCGGCGGCGUGCGAUCGGCCAAAAGCGAGGUGUCGCUCAUCGACUUCACGGACGACAGCUUCAGCUCGACUACGCCCUCGCCGCUCACAGAGACGCACCAACCGGAUGAAGACACUUUGAAGGACACGCCGUCCAUCCUGGACUGGCCUCUGCCCCAGCCAGCCUAUGACGAGGUCACUGCAGACUUUGACGACCAAUCAGAGGAUCAGGAGGUGCGCUCCAUCAACAAGGGGCCGCCUGAAGAAACCCUGGGCCCCCCUGUGUCCAGUAUGGCGGGAAGGAGCGAGUCGCAGUCUGCCGACCUCUUCCAGGAGCUGCAGAGAGAGGUGAUGGUCAAGCUCCAGGUUCCCAUGGCAACCGGUCGUUCACUCCCCUCCUCCCCCACCCCGAUGCCUCUGGCUCCGUUCGGCGCCCACAGACAAAUCUACCUUCCUCCGCCCUCCCCCUCCUCCUCUUCCACCUCCAUCACUUCCUGCUUCGAGGACCUGCCCGUGCUGCCCCCCCGAAACCCCGUGCCCCCCUUACGCCCCUCCAAACAGAGCUACGCCACCCGCGGCGCCCAGCAGGGGGCGCGCUCCAGCUCCAUCUCCCUGGGAGACGAGGACAACGCUCCGCCUCAGAUCCCACCCAGAGACCACGCUUUCUCCCAGCCGGGCUCCCGCUCCUCCUCCCCGCUCCCGCUGGCGCCGGCUCUGUCCUCCACGCUCGUGGUGCUGCCACCGCCGCCGCUCUUGGUGUCACCGCGGCGGGCGGUGGGGCUCCUCGGCCCCCUGCUGUCCUCCAGCUCCUCCUCCACCUCCAGGCCGGCGGCCUCAUCUUACUCCUCCACCGCGUUGCUGGAGCCGCUCGCCUUCAGAGAGGGGCGGGGCCUGUCCACCAUGAUGGACAGCCCUCAGAGCUCCGCCCCCAACCCGCUGCCGGAGAGACCAGCCUUCCUGGAGCGAUACGGCGCGGCCAACAUGGCGGCAGUCAAACCCAUGAUGCAGCAGCAACCGGGCGAAGCGAAACCAAACUCCUCCUACAACAACAACAACGGCGGGACCGCAGCUCCCAGCAUGCAACAGGAGCAGAGCAUCACACAGGUCCAAGGAGCCGUUCAUGGCGUUACGACGGAGGAAUGUAAAGCUGCUCUGCAGAGCCACAACUGGAGCGUUCCUCAGGCUGUUAAUUUCUUAAAGGUGGAGCAGCUGUUUCGUUUGGGUUUGAGGUCGAGAACCGAGUGUGAGGAGCUGCUGCAGUGCCACCAGUGGGACCUGGAGCAGGCCAGCACCGUCAUGCUGGACGCAUACGGACCGCACUGCAACAGGAAGUUGACCUGAGGGCCAAUCAGACGCUGACGGCUCCUGAUCCGGUGACACCGAGGCGCCCGGACGACUUGCCGCUCCAGAAGAUCACGGCCUUUAGAAGUUCCCACAUUUUACCACAAAGUCCAUCUAGGUGGGCUGCUGGCUAUCUUCUGAAGGCUAAUGGUUUCACUGGAUCUUAUUGAUUAGGUUUACAGCACCAGCAGAAAGUAUUCACACCCAUUUUGGGGGUUUUUUCUACCAUCUGCUAUAGAUUGUAAUAUUUUGUUCAUUUUUCCAGCUGGAUUUAAGCCCAGGUUUGUUCACAGAAGCCACUUCUUUGUUACCUUCGGUUUUGACCUUCUGUUCAUUGUCUUGCCUUUAGUCUCAAGUGCAGACCUGUCUCUCUUACCUUAAAGUUGUGCUUUGACACAAUCCAGGAUACUUUAUUUAGAGAAGUCCUAAAUUAAGUUCAGUCUGCAGAUGGACUCCAAUCAAGUUGCAGAAGCAUCUGAAGGAGGAUCAAUGGAAAUCAGAUUCACUACAGCUCAAUGUUCAGUGUCACAGCAACCAGUUUGGAUGCUUUAGUAGCUAUUAUGUUUAAAUUACUGCAGCCUGAUUGGACAAAAUAACAAGAUGGUGAUAAUAUUGGUAAAAUGUGAAAUUAUGAUGAUCAUAUUUAACAAAUCCUUAUUUUCAGCGCUCUCUUGGACACUGCAUCAGGAAACAAUAUGUGAACUCAUGAUGUAGUAUAUUGACCAAGAAAAUGUCACGUUUUAAGCAAAUCCUUUACAGUAAUGAUGAUAUUUUUCUUACUUAAAUGUGUUUGUUUUGCACAAAUGUGACAAUGACUUUACUUUGUCAUAAAAGCUGUAGUAUGUAACUUUAAUAAAAUAUGU